UUUGUUUUAUUAGUGGUAUUACGGCAGCUAUUAUAACGAUUAAUAACUGCUAUUAAGUUUGGUAAACUUGAAAAGUUGUGAUCCAGCUUUGAUAAGGCGCACGUACUACAUGCGUGGGGAUAUAUUAAACAAUACGACCCCUUAAACAGCGAAAUUAAGAUUAUAGGACAUCAUUUAAACAUCAACAGACACAGUAAUGAAGCAUCAAAAAGAAGUAUCUACAGCCACACAAACGGAUGUGUCAGAUUAUGAAUCAAUUGUUCCUACGAAUAUGCUACAAACAGUCAUAAAACUGCUCUCAGAGAUGAACGCGAAAAUUGAUGCUAUUGCUGCGAUGCAACAUAAACAGACAGACAACACAUCAAACGUUGAUCUACAAGACAAUUCCGAUUCCACGCCAGUAAAAAUCACAAGGAAAUCAAGUCCUACCGAAAAUAAAGACAAACAUGACACGAUUGCUACCAUGGCACACAAGCCGGCAAGAAGUGCUUCUUCUAAAGAACGGCGUGAAGUUCCCAGUUUUAAUCUUACCCCGGUAAAAUCGCUAAUCGAAUUACAAGCACUGGAAAACAAUGCAAACGAGGAAAGCUUCGUACGUACUACGAUAGCUUCUAUAGGACAAAUGCAUGGCAAAGGCCGCUAUAUUAAUGAAGGGAAAACUGUUUGCCUUCAAAUUAUAGAUCGGUUUUUUGAUAGGAAGUUCUUACUCCAGUGUUCCUGGACUGGAACCAGUAGAGGAGAAGGAGAACAUAAAGUACCCUUUAUGCAAUUCGAGAAAACUAUUAAUUUGUUUUUCCGAACAGUACUCUAUUCGGACCCUGAAUUUACACUGCAAGACUGCAAGAGCUUUUUGCACCGGUGCCUCCGCAAUGCAACACAACGAUCCAAUGAGCUCGGCAAGAGAAAAGCUGUUGCACGGAAACGGAAACGUCGGAAUCGUGCCGAACCGAGCAAGACAAUUCCGAUGUUUUCAAAUAUAGACUUUAACCGGUUGCCGGAUUACAAAGAUGAAGACGAAAACUCCGAAGAAGCCCUGAACAGCAGUUUGAACUUUAAAAUAGAAGUGUUUGAAAAUGAAAUUUCCGAUGAUGAAAUGAAUGUUUCGAUGAUAGUUCCGGAUGCUGGUGGAGAAACUUAAUUAAU